AUGUGGCGCCCUGUGCUCUAGCUGCCUCUAACCCUACAACAACAACACUUGCCUCCUCGAGCGGCUACGUACACUCUCGUAGAAAUAUCGUCGCUUGUCCAAAUCAAAGCGUUGUUUCAUGUUGAAAACAUUUAUAUAGAUGCUCAAAGGACUAUAGUUUUAACCAAGCAACUCGUGCAAAGUUCAUCUUUAAACCUCUACGCAAAUUAUAUUGAACAAUUGUCAGCGUCCCAGGUCCUCUGCGGCACCAUGAAUAACUAAGACGUUGCCACCAGGUACAACACCAGGCUUCUGAACUACCAUUACUGCAAGUAUCGUCUAGGAGAACAACUAGCAUCAUUAAAGACUUGGAAACUUGGUAUAUGUUACCGCAGUGACUGCAAGUGGGGAAGCCUGGUGGAAACUGCACAUGUAGCACAGACACAAACGCCAUCAUUAUAGUCUCUUCAAAUAUCUAACUCCAAUGAGCAAUAUUUAUAUACAAGAACCAUCCACCGAGGGAAAGGUUCUUCUUGUUACCAGUGCUGGGGAGUUUGACAUUGAAUUAUGGUCCAGAGAAGCACCCAAGGCAUGCCGAAAUUUUGUGCAGCUGUGCUUGGAAGGUUACUACAAUGGCCUUAUUUUUCAUCGAGUCAUCCCCGGCUUCAUUGUUCAAGGUGGUGACCCAACAGGAACUGGUCAGGGUGGGGAAUCCAUAUAUGGCAAACCAUUUAGAGAUGAAUUCCACACACGUCUGCGGUUUGUCCGUCGAGGCCUGGUUGCCAUGGCAAAUGCAGGUCCUCAUGACAAUGGCUCUCAGUUCUUUUUCACUCUAGGCCAGACUCCAGAGCUUCAAAACAAGCAUACCAUUUUUGGCAAAAUUACAGGAAAUACACUCUAUAAUUUGCCUCGGUUUGAGGAAGGAGUUAUAGGAAAGGAGGACAAGCCUGAAUACCCUCACAAGAUCAUCACAACAGAGGUCCUGAGCAAUCCAUUUCCAGAUAUUGUUCCACGACUAAAGAUUGAAAAUGAAGUACCAAAAGAAGCAAGGAAGGAGAAGAAGAAGAAGAAAGGAACCAAAAAUUUUAAGCUUCUGUCCUUUGGUGAUGAAGCUGAGGAGGAGGAGGAGGAGGUCCUUGCAGCUACCAAAAACUUCUCCACUAAAGGCAACUCUGCCCAUGACAUUGCCAUGGACCCAACACUCUCGGCAAGCACUGGCAGGGCUAACAACAAUGGAACUGAUUCUCUUGAAAGGAUAAAGAAGAAAUUACGCCGUGAAGAAUCUAUGGAACCUAUAAAAAAUGAAAUAAUUGAACCUGAAAGUAUAAAUGAAGAAAUUAUUAUUAAACCAAUUAAAGAUGAGGAGGAGGAAGAAGGAAGUGAAAAACCUGAACAAAUGGCUGCAAUUAAAGCAGAGAUCAAAGACAUUAAACAAGAACUCAGAGGGACAUCGCCAAAAUUAGAGACAGCUGUGACGGAUGAGGUUGAUGACAGGGAGAGUGAGCCAGUCAAAGAAUACAAAAUUGAUAAAGUCAAGUAUGAGGAAGAAAAGAAGAAAUUACCACGCAAGGGUUCUUCACGGGAAGAACAAACUUUAGCACUCCUACAGAGAUUCACAGCAAAAGUGUCUAAAAUUAUGUAUGAAGACUCGGCAAGUGAGGAUGAGAAGUCUGUUGAAGAUAAAGAUGAUGAGAAUGAUGAAGGAUGGUUGAAACAUCGAUUUCAUUUUGAAACGGCUAAUCCUGUAUUGGCCAAGGAUGCGAGCACCAAGGAUGACAAAUGGUAUGACGUAAAUGACCCAAGAAAUGUACUCAACAAAAGAAGAAGAGAGGACUCUUCCAAGCAGUCCAAGAAGCACAGGAAAUGAAAUUGUUGUUAUUAACAAGAACUUGCCAGCAUAUUGAUUUGAUUUAUCUAAAAAUAAAUAUUAUUACAACUCUGAUUUUGCAAUAACUUACAGUAGUUGUAUAUUAUUAAUUUUAAUUAUACAUAGGGAUUUAAUUAUGUAUAUUUCAAUACUGUUCUAUGCUAUAUGAGCAAAUGAAUAAAGAACUUGGCAAGCAUUAAAACAAUACUGUACUUGGUAAGUUGGCUGUCAGGGUACAGUACCCACCUUAGCAUGUGUUCAAGGUGUUACAGCCUCUCACACCAUCCCACCAAGUUGGCAGGAUGAAGCACUUGUCCAACUGGGUUGUUAGGAUGUAACACUUGUCCAACUGGGUUGUUAGGAUGUAACACUCAACUAAGUUGUUAGGGUGUAACACUUGUCCAACUGAGUUGUAUUGGGUUCAACUCCCCCCCCUUUUUUUUUAUCAUGUCUUUGAUUAAUUUAGACAAAUAUUAUGAAUACCUGUGCAGUAUAUACCUUUUAAAAGUUGUAUGCGCAUAAUUUCUCCACAAGAAGACAGGUAUAUAACAAGUGUUGUCUUAAUAUAAUAAACAUCAUAAAAUGUGUUAUUUAAAAAACUGUAUUUUAUGGUUGCAUGAUGUUAUGCUGCAAUUAAGCCUAGAAAAAGUCCACGAGAACUGCUGUAAGAUGUACCUCUGAUACGGUAUCUGAAUAGCAUUCAGGUGCUAAUAAACUAUAUAUUAA